AUGGAUAGAAGGAAGUUAUUAUUUGAAAGCCAUCUGAAAAAUAAUUCUUAAGAUCUUUCAGUGGGGAUUAGAGAAGCUAAUGAUAUCCGAAUUAGGGGUGAUUCCAUAAAAAGAGGAAAUUCCAGGUAUUUGACUAAAACAUAUUAGAUAACCAUACUAUGUUAAUAAUAAGUCAUAUGAAAUUUCAACUAAAACUAGUGGGAGCUUUAUCAUAACAAAAGAAAAUGAUGUUUCUUACCUGAAAAAGAAAAUUGAUGAAUUAUAAUUCAGAAUAGAUUCCUAAGAUGCAAAACUAAAGGCUAGAGACAAGGAGAUCUCCUAUUAAUAGUCUCAAAUCAAAUAAUUUGUUCUGGAAAUGAAUGAAGUCUAAAAUAUUGAAGACAAUUAUAAAGAAGAAAUAUCAGUUUUGAAUAAGGAAUUGUCGUAAUGGAAGGAGAAAUAUUUUGCAAAUCUUAAAGAAUAUUAAUAUCGUUAAGCCCAUUUAUCUAGACAAUCUUAAUAGGAAUAAGCCUAAAUAAGAAAGAAAUAUGAAGAUAUAAUUGAAUAAUAUUAAAGAGAAAUAGAAUCCAUUGAAAUUAGAUUUGAAAAUGAAAGGGAAAACCUCUAUAAAGCUCUUGAUUUACAAAACAUGACAAAUUAGAAAAACAAUGAAAUGAACGUAAGCUAAAAAUAUAUUAUUAAGGAUUUGACAAUAAAACUAGAAGAAAGAGAUGCUGAAACUCGUUAAUUAUAAGAAAGAAUAUAAGAGUCAGAGAGAAAUACAGAAGAGGUAAAAUUAAAACUCUAGCAGCAGACUUCUAAAUUGAAUGAAUUAAUAAAAAAAUGCAAUAAUGUAUGAAUUCUAUUGAUUAAUAGAUUGAAUCAUAAAAAAAUCAAGAAAUUCAAAUUUUACAGUUACAAUUAUAAGGAAAAGAUAAAUAAAUACACACAUUACAAAUCUAAAUUGGAGAAUCAAAGAAAAAGACAAAUUAACAAGAAUAGGAAAAAUUACAGCACUUGGAAAAUCUUAAUAAUUAACUUGUCUAAGAGAUAAGUUAAUUAGAAGAAGAAAACGGCAAAUUAAAAUAGCAAGCAAAGGAAUUUUAGAAAGAAGCAUCUUACGAAAAAGAGAAUGAAAAUCUAUAAAUGAUAAUCUAAGAAUAGAAAAUUCAGAAUCUUGAUUUAAAAUAAUAAUUGAAGCUUUUUAAAGAUAAAAUUAAUGAAUUAAAAGUGGAACAUUAGAAUAAUUCCAAAACAAAUUACCUUGAAAAAGAGAUUAAAGAUUAUGAAAGGAAGGUAAUCGAAUUAUAGGAAUAAAAUGAAAAACUUUCAAAUUAGUAAGUAGAUGUUGAAGAAAUUAAUGAAGAGCUUAUGAUAAUUAAAAAGAAUAAUCAAGAAUUAAAACAACAACAUGCUGAAGGAUUUAAAGUUCUAGAAAUUAAAAGCUAGAAAAUUAAAUAAUAAGAGGCUGAAUUAAAUUAGUUGAGAUAGGAGAAUAUGAGAUUAUCAGAUUAAUAAUCAUAGUUGGUUGAAUUUGAAUAUAAAAUAGAAGAACUGAGUUAGUAAAUAGAAAAAUUAAAUUUGACGAAUGAAGAAAAAGAUGCUGAGAUAUUAUAGUAUUUAAACAAACUAGAAAAGUAAAAUUUAAAAAUUAAAGAUUUUGAAAAAUUAAUAAAUUAAUUAAAAACUGAAAAUAAAGAAUAUUAAACUGAAAACUCUAAAUUAAAAAAUCAUGUCUUUCAAUUAUAAAAAUAAAUUAAAGAAAUUUCAGAAGAAUUAUAAAAAUGUCAGAUAGAAAAUGAUGAUUUAACAAGGAUGCACGAAGAGAAUCUAAUAAAAAUAAAUACUCUAGAGAAGGAAAAUAAAUAAAAAGAAAUACAAAAAAAAGAUGCAGAAAAGUUAUCAGCCUUAACAUAAUUAGAAAAUGAAAAUUCAAAACUUUGUCAGUAGAGAAACAAAUUAUAAGAAAAAAUAGGAGAAUUAGAAGAAGAAAUCAAUCAAAAAGUGAUAGAAAUAAAUUAACUGAAGGAACAUAUUUAAAAUCUGUUUAAUUAAAAUAAGUAUUAUUAAUCAGAAGUAGAAUCUUUUGAAUCACAAAUAAUAAAAUCAAAUAUGAGAAUUUAAGAAUUGGAAUAGAAUUUAGAUACUUAAAAUGAAGCAGAGGACCUAUUAAAUGAGAAUGAAUUGUUAAAACAAAAAAAUUAAGACUUAGAAAAUUUAUUGAAUCUGAAAAGUAAUGAUAAUGCUGAAAUUUUAGACAAAUUGGAAAAAUAAGUUGUUCAUCAAAAACAGAAUAAUGAAGAGUUAAAAUAAAAGGUUAGUGAAUUGUAAAUCAGAAAAGAUGAUCUUUAGAAAAUACUUGAAAAAAAAGACGAAGAAAUAGAAGAAUUAUAACAAAUUUAAUUUGAAUAGAAAUGUCUCUAAGAUUAGAAAAUAGAUGAUUUGAUGAAAAUAUAAAAUUUGAAGAUAAUAGAAAUAAGUGAAAAUUAGAAAAAUAUAUAAGAUUUAUAAUUAUCUUUAAUUGAGAAAGAUGAAUAAUUAAAACUUCUUUAAUAAUAAACGAUCAAAAAUGAUUUCAUAAAUAAGGAAGAGAUUGAGCAACUGAAAAUUAAAGCUAAUUAACUAAUAGAAUAGAUACAAUAGUUGGAAUAAGAGAAUGUAUCUUAAAAAGGUUAAAUAAAAUAAAAAAAUUAAGAAAUUUAAGAAGUUAAGUUAUAAGCAAAAUAAACAGAAUUAAAAUUAAUAAGAGAAAUUGAGGAAUUAAAAAUUCAUACAAAUAAUGCAAUAUCAAUGAAAGUGGAAUAUGAGGAAUAAUUAUUGAAGUAUUAAUCAAUACCCAAUAAAUACAUAGAAAUAGCAAAAAAAGACACCUAGAAUGAAUAAAUUAGUUUCAAAAAUGAAAAUUUUAGUAACUUUGAAUUAAGAAAAAGUCAAAAUGAAGAAGAGAAUGAAGUAGAAUAUUCAUCAAACUGCGAAGAAAUUAAAUAAUAACUAAUAGAAAAAGGAUAACAGGAAUAGGACUCAUUAGAUUUAGGAUAAUAAAUGACUAUUAUAACAAGCAGUAAAAAAUAUGAAUAAAAUGUUGUGAAACUAAAUGAUAAAAUCGAUAAUAGAUAAUAAAUUGACACACAAGAUAUGGUUGAGUUGAAGGAACCUGAUGUAAAUAUUGUUUAGAUAGUUUAAUAACCAGAAAUAGAACUAGAUUUGAAAAAGGAAGAUGAAGAGAAUUUUGAACUUAGAAAUGAAUAAAAAUAGGAAGACAUUUCAGACUCAGAGUAAUAAUAAAAUUUUGAGAAACUUAAUGAUAAAAUCGAUAAGAGAUUAUAAAUUGAAACACAAGAUUUAGUUUAAUUGAAGGAACCUGAAGUCAAUAUUGUUUAGAUAGUUUAAUAACCAUAAAUAGAAUUAGAUUUGAAAAAGGAAGAUGAAGAGAAUUUUGAACUUAGAAAUGAAUAAAAAUAGGGAGACAUUUCAGACUCAGAGUAAUAAUAAAAUUUUGAGAAACUUAAUGAUAAAAUCGAUAAUAAAUAAUAAAUUGACACACAAGAUAUGGUUGAGUUGAAGGAACCUGAAGUCAAUAUUGUUUAGAUAGUUUAAUAACCAUAAAUAGAAUUAGAUUUGAAAAAGGAAGAUGAAGAGAAUUUUGAGCUUAGAAAUGAAUAAAAGUAGGAAGACAUUUCAGACUCAGAAUAAUCAGAAUAAUAAAAUGUUGAGAAACUUAAUGAUAAAAUCGAUAAUAAAUAAUAAAUUGACACACAAGAUAUGGUUGAGUUGAAGGAACCUGAAGUCAAUAUUGUUUAGAUAGUUUAAUAACCAUAAAUAGAAUUAGAUUUGAAAAAGGAAGAUGAAGAGAAUUUUGAGCUUAGAAAUGAAUAAAAGUAGGAAGACAUUUCAGACUCAGAAUAAUCAGAAUAAUAAAAUGUUGAGAAACUUAAUGAUAAAAUCGAUAAUAAAUAAUAAAUUGACACACAAGAUAUGGUUGAGUUGAAGGAACCUGAAGUCAAUAUUGUUUAGAUAGUUUAAUAACCAGAAAUAGAAUUAGAUUUGAAAAAGGAAGAUGAAGAGAAUUUUGAACUUAGAAAUGAAUAAAAAUAGGAAGACAUUUCAGACUCAGAGUAAUAAUAAAAUUUUGAGAAACUUAAUGAUAAAAUCGAUAAGAGAUUAUAAAUUGAAACACAAGAUUUAGUUUAAUUGAAGGAACCUGAAGUCAAUAUUGUUUAGAUAGUUUAAUAACCAUAAAUAGAAUUAGAUUUGAAAAAGGAAGAUGAAGAGAAUUUUGAACUUAGAAAUGAAUAAAAAUAGGAAGACAUUUCAGACUCAGAGUAAUAAUAAAAUUUUGAGAAACUUAAUGAUAAAAUCGAUAAGAGAUUAUAAAUUGAAACACAAGAUUUAGUUUAAUUGAAGGAACCUGAAGUCAAUAUUGUUUAGAUAGUUUAAUAACCAUAAAUAGAAUUAGAUUUGAAAAAGGAAGAUGAAGAGAAUUUUGAACUUAGAAAUGAAUAAAAAUAGGAAGACAUUUCAGACUCAGAGUAAUAAUAAAAUUUUGAGAAACUUAAUGAUAAAAUCGAUAAGAGAUUAUAAAUUGAAACACAAGAUUUAGUUUAAUUGAAGGAACCUGAAGUCAAUAUUGUUUAGAUAGUUUAAUAACCAUAAAUAGAAUUAGAUUUGAAAAAGGAAGAUGAAGAGAAUUUUGAACUUAGAAAUGAAUAAAAAUAGGAAGACAUUUCAGACUCAGAGUAAUAAUAAAAUUUUGAGAAACUUAAUGAUAAAAUCGAUAAGAGAUUAUAAAUUGAAACACAAGAUUUAGUUUAAUUGAAGGAACCUGAAGUCAAUAUUGUUUAGAUAGUUUAAUAACCAUAAAUAGAAUUAGAUUUGAAAAAGGAAGAUGAAGAGAAUUUUGAACUUAGAAAUGAAUAAAAAUAGGAAGACAUUUCAGACUCAGAGUAAUAAUAAAAUGUUGAGAAACUUAAUGAUAAAAUCGAUAAGAGAUUAUAAAUUGAAACACAAGAUUUAGUUUAAUUGAAGGAACCUGAAGUCAAUAUUGUUUAGAUAGUUUAAUAACCAUAAAUAGAAUUAGAUUUGAAAAAGGAAGAUGAAGAGAAUUUUGAACUUAGAAAUGAAUAAAAAUAGGAAGACAUUUCAGACUCAGAGUAAUAAUAAAAUGUUGAGAAACUUAAUGAUAAAAUCGAUAAGAGAUUAUAAAUUGAAACACAAGAUUUAGUUUAAUUGAAGGAACCUGAAGUCAAUAUUGUUUAGAUAGUUUAAUAACCAUAAAUAGAAUUAGAUUUGAAAAAGGAAGAUGAAGAGAAUUUUGAGCUUAGAAAUGAAUAAAAGUAGGAAGACCAUUUAGACUCAGAAUAAUCAGAAUAAUAAAAUGUUGAGAAACUUAAUGAUAAAAUGGAUAAUAGAUAAUAAAUUGACACACAAGAUAUGGUUGAGUUGAAGGAACCUGAAGUAAAUGUUGUUUAGAUAGUUUAAUAACCAUAAAUAGAAUUAGAUUUGAAAAAGGAGGAUGAAGAGAAAUUUGAACUUGAAAAUGAAACAAAUCGAUAAAUCAAUUCUGUUAUUUCACAAAAUUUAAAUAAAGAAUAAAUUUAAAACGACAUUCAACCAUAGUUAAUAGAAAAAAUUGCUUAUUUUUAAAGUUUUUAGGAACAAACAGCUCACAUUGAAGUUAUUUAUAACACUGAUGGUUUAAAAUAAUCUGAAAUAUAUUCAGUUGCAAACAAUUUGAUUAAAGAUGAAUUGUAAGAAUAACAAGUCUAAUUUGAAUUUUAAGAAAGAGAAUCUAUAAUCUAGCAUUUUGAAGAAAUAGUUUAAAUAAAAUCAGAUCACAAACCUAAAGAGUUUGUGGGCUAAUAUUUAGAAGAGGAACAAUAAAAGAUCUAACCGUAAUUAGAAUGACUUAUAAAAAUUAAGUCAAUAUAAACCGC